UGUAUGACAAAUGUGACUUCGUUUGUUUUGAGAGAGGAACAUUUUGAAAUCUUCUGAAAAUGGCAACAACGACGGCGGCCAGCCCUACCUCUGAUAAUAAAGUCAAUGUGAACAGAUAUGAUCGUCAGCUACGGUUAUGGGGUGACCAUGGCCAAGCAUGUUUAGAAAAUGCUAAAGUUUGUCUUAUUAAUGCAACUGCUACUGGAACAGAAAUUCUGAAAAACCUUGUUUUACCAGGAAUUGGUUCUUUCACCAUAGUUGAUGGAGACAAAGUCACUGGCGCUGAUGUCGGCAACAACUUCUUCCUUGCUAAAGACACAAUUGGCCAGUCUCGUGCACAUGUAGCAACAGAUCUGUUGAUGGAACUAAAUGAAGAGGUCAGCGGGGAUUAUGUGGAAGAGUCACCAGAAAAGCUUUUGGAGAGUAAUCCAGAAUUUUUUAACCGCUUUACUCUUGUUGUUGCAACAAAUCUACAUGAAAAGCCACUCUUGCAGCUUGCGACUCACCUCCGAGAAGCUGAUAUCCCCCUCUUAAUCUGUCGAUCCUAUGGUUUUAUAGGUUAUGCUCGGAUUGUUGUGGCAGAUCACACAAUUAUUGAAUCCCAUCCUGAUAAUUCUCAUGAAGAUCUUCGACUGGACUGUCCAUUCCCAGGGCUGAUUGAUUUCUGUGAUAAGUUAAAUUUGAAUGACAUGGAAAAAAAAGAACACAGUCAUGUACCUUGGUUGGUCAUAAUAUAUAAAUAUUUGCAGAAAUGGAAAGACGAGCAUAAUGGUGAACCACCUAAAAAUUACAAAGAGAAAACCCUUAUGAAAGAAAUGAUCAAAAGUGGUGUUUUAAGAAAUGAAAAUGGAAAUCCCGAAGAGGAGCAAAAUUUUGAUGAGGCAGUUGAAAACUUGAACACAUCCUUAGUGAGAACUCAUAUUCCUGAAACUGUACAGAAGAUUUUCAAUGAUCCAUCUUGCACACAGAUGCAUGCUGAUAGCAAAAACUUCUGGAUCAUGUUGCAUGCCAUGAAAGAAUUCACUGAGAACGAAGGCAAAAAUACUCUACCACUGAGAGGUACGAUUCCUGAUAUGACAGCAGAUUCUAACCGUUACAUUCAGUUGCAGAAUAUCUACAGAGAGCAAGCACAUAAAGACGUUACUAAUGUCCUCCAUCGUGUCCAGAACAUUCUGCAGAAAAUUGGAAAGCCAUAUUGCAGCAUCACUGAACAAGAUGUAAAAUUAUUUUGUAAAAAUGGAAGCUUUUUACGAGUGAUUCACUGCAGAAGUUUGGCAGAAGAAUAUGAUCCCAAAAGUGCACGGAUUCAAGAACUGGGACUCCAGCUGGGAGAUGAAGAAGACAGUGAUAUUGUGUUUUAUCUCAUGUUGCGAGCUGCUGAACGUUUCUUUGAAGAGUACAGCCGCUACCCAGGCUGGUAUGAUGAUCAAGUAGAAGGGGAUGUUUUUAAAUUAAAGACACAUGUUAGCAAGCUCCUCAUGGAAUUAGGCCUCUCUUCUACUUUAAUCAAAGAUGAUUAUAUUCAUGAAAUGUGUCGCUACGGUGCAUCAGAGCUGCAUUCUAUUGCUGCAUACAUGGGUGGAGUAAUGUCUCAAGAAGCCAUCAAAAUAAUUACUGGACAAUUUGUGCCUUUCAAUAAUACCCUGGUAUACAAUGCUAUGAAACAGUGUACCACCACACUAGAGUUAUGAGUUAUUACCAGUAUCAGGUCUGAAUAAUAUUACACACACAUACACGUAUAUACACACUACCAGCUUUAAACAUCAUACAGUACAAAGAAAAAAUGUUUAAAAUACACAAAAUUUGGAAUAUUUAAAGCCAGAGCUUUUUAGUACAAUGCAACUAUUUUGAAAGGUGAUACAUAUGUGAACUCAAUCAGGUUAUUCUUACUAAAUUAAAAAUAUAUUUUUAAGUUGAUUAUUAAUGUUGAUAUAAACUCACAUACAUACACACAUACAAACAUUAAAACUAUCAACUAGUUUAUGAAUUACUAUGUAA